CCAUAUGUGGAGUGGGUCCGUGGCAGAAAAAGCCUGAACCAGAGAGCAGAAAGAAGAGCCAUUGUUUUCCGAUCACAAGCAAGGAACAGAGGCCAGCAGAAAAAUGGAUCCCAAUAAGUCUCCAAAUGAGCCUCCAACCAACUGGAAUACGUCAGAGAAGUCAGGCAUUACACAGCCUGCGCCGCCACCGUACCAACAAGGGUACCCUAACGCUGGAUAUCCUCCCCCGGGGAGCUAUCCCAACCCUUCUGGCUAUCCGACCAUGCAAUACGAAGCUCCAGGUGGCCAACCGAUUCCUCAGGUCCAGUACGGACAUGCGCCUUAUCCGGGACAGCCACCGAUCACUAUACAGCCGACGGUUUACAUGACCCCAACUCCACUGGCCAAACCACUGCCCGAUUACUUGGGAUACUCUAUCUUUACCCUGCUGUGCUGCUGUUUUCCUCUGGGGAUUGCUGCUCUGAUUUACUCCAUCUUUACUCGGAAUGCAAAUGUGUCCGGACAACAAGAAAUAGCAGAGAAAAACUCAAGGAUGGCACGCAUCCUUAACCACACCGCUCUCGGUAUCGGCCUCGCCAUUUUUGUGUUGUACAUCAUCUACAUCAUUGUCAUGACCGUUUACUUCAAACAGCACACAUCUCCAUAGAGGAAGAUAGUGAGGGUUUUAUUAUACGACAUAUUAAUGUUUUAAAUAGAGUUUUGUAAUCACAUUUAUUCUGCUUAUAAAUGUAAAAUGCUUUAUGUAGCUCAUAUUUUGAUGCAGAUUUAAAGGCUUAAUGGGCAGUGCCGUAUAAAGGUCCACCGAGCAAUGAAUCAAUAUGUUAUGUUCAGCAUUUUAUUAAUUACUUAAUAAAAACAAAUGCUUUAAAUGUUUAUUGUGUUUUAACAGAAUGCAUGCUUCAUUGGAAAUGUAUUAUGAAAUUAGACAUUUAUUGUUUUAAUGAAAUAAUACAAUUUAAGUGACUUUAAGUAACCAAAAUACAUGCAUUUACAGAUCUCAGUACAUUCUCGUUAGAUAUAACCUCAUGUCAUAUUUAAUGGUCUGUUACACUAUCCUAGACAAUUUAAUUGAAAAUUCUGUAACAUUUCAUGCUAAAUUUCAAGUAUUUUUCUGUCUGCUUUUAAGUUUGUCGCAAGCAUUGUAUAAAGAUUGUAGAGUACAAUGACUUUUACGUUUAACAGCAUUUCUUUUAUGUUAAAGGCACAAUAUGUGAUGCUUACAGCAUAUCCCAAAACCACUAUAGUGUUGUAUAUUUUGUUCACUUACAUGACAGUGUUUACAAACAGAUCAUUACAUUUUGUUAAAACCAAGUGGCUUCUGUAGUCAGAUAUCUCAUCCGAUCUCUUGUUUCCCACACAAUAAAAUUUAUUUUACUCUUUA